AACUGUCUCCAUGUUGCCCAGGAAGUCUCUGCAGUCUCUACAGUCUGCACACUGCUGAGAGCGUCAGGGACGAGCAUCUAGUUGGGAUCAUGUCUAAGAAGGGAGGAAACCAAAGGCCAGACAUGGAGGGUUCGGUGGAGGCGUCCAUCAUCCGCAUCCCACCCCAUCACUACAUCCACGUGCUGGACCAGAACACCAACAUCGCCCGCAUGGAGAUCGGACCGCUCACCUACAUCCGCCAGGACAACGAGAGGGUGCUGUUCACGCCGGUGCGGAUGGUGAUGGUGCCGCCGCGUCAUUACUGCGUGGUACUCAACCCUGUUGCCCGCGACGAUGAAAAGCAGGUGCUCUUCGACCAAUCAGGGCAGGCCAAGCUUCGCCACGCCGACCUGGAGAUCCGCCUCACCCAGGACCCCUUCCCCCUGUACCCGGGGGAGGAGGUGCAGCAGGACGUGACCCCGCUGCAGAUCGUGUUCCCGGACACGGCGCUGCGUCUGCAGGCUCUGCUCGACUUCGAGGAGGAGCGCGGACAGAAGAGAGUGGCCGGAGACGAGUGGCUGUUUGAAGGACCAGGGACGUACAUUCCCAGGAAGGAGGUGGCCAUGUUGGAGACCAUCAAGGCGACGGUGAUCCGGGAGAACCAGGCCAUCAGACUGAGGGCCCGCAAGGAGGGCACUGACCGUGGGGGGGUCCGCAGGGUCACAGGUGAGGAGUGGCUGGUCAGUAAGGUGGGGGCAUACCUGCCGGGAGCCAACGAGGAAGUCCUCGACAUCGUCAACGCUUUCAUCCUGACAGACAAGAAAGCGCUCCAUGUGCGCGCCCUGCGACCCUUUAAGGACGCGGGGGGGCGGGACCGGCGUACGGGGGAGGAGUGGCUGGUGACCAUGGCCGACAGGGAGGCCCACAUCCCGUCCGUGGCGGAGGAGGUGGUGGGGGUGGUGGACGUGACCACCCUGAGCAGCAGGCAUUACUGUGUCAUCCUGGACCCCGUCGGCCAUGACGGGAAACCCCAGCUGGGGCAGAAGAAAGUGGUGAAGGGUGAGCGCUCAUUCUUCCUGCAGCCGGGAGAGCAACUUGAACAGGGCAUCCAGGACGUGUAUGUGCUGUCGGAGCAGGAAGGGCUGGUGCUGAGAGCAGUGGAGGCGUUCAAUGACACCCAGGAGCACGAUGAGGAAGAAGAGGAAGAGGAGGAGCAGGAAGAGAGGGCAAAGCGCUCGCGGAGGAGCGCUGUCCUCCGCCGCCCCGGGGACCGCUGGAUGCUGCGGGGCCCCAUCGAGUAUGUCCCCUCUGCCACGGUGGAGGUGAUGGUGAGACGACAGGCCAUCCCACUGGAUGAGAACGAGGGCAUCUACGUGAGGGACAUCAAGAGCGGAAAGGUGCGUGCAGUGAUUGGUCAGACCUACAUGCUGACUCAGGAUGAGGAGCUAUGGCAGAAGGAGCUUCCUGCCAACGUGGAGGCUCUUCUGGCGUCUCCUCUGGACCCGGUGGCCGACCGCUCGGACCGCAGCAAGACAGGAGCAAGCCGGCCCCGGGACAAAACCCGGGUGGUGUCCUUUAGGGUGCCCCACAAUGCCGCCGUGCAGGUCUACGACUACAGAGAGAAGAAGGCCAGGGUGCUGUUCGGACCAGAUAUGGUGAUGUUGGGACCCGAUGAGCAGUUCACGGUGCUGUCGCUCGGGGACAAACCAAAGAGGCCCAACGUCAUCAAGGCCAUCUGCCUGCUGCUGGGGCCAGACUUCUUCACCGACAUCAUCACCAUCGAGACGGCCGACCACGCCCGCCUGCAGCUGCAGCUCUCCUACAACUGGAACUUUGAUGUGAAGCCUCCGGUGAGCCUUGAGGAUGCAGCCGCUCUGUUUUCUGUCCCUGAUUUUGUCGGAGAUUCCUGCAAAGCCAUCGCCUCCCGCGUCAGAGGAGCCGUCGCCUCCGUGCAGUUCGACGAUUUCCACAAGAACUCCAACCGGAUCAUCUGCUCAGCUGUGUUUGGUUUCAAUGAGAAGAUGGCGGUGCGCUCCACCCUCCACUUCCCGCAGAACAAGCUGAUGAUCAGCAGCGUGGACAUCCAGUCCGUGGAGCCGGUGGACCAGAGGACCCGCGACGCGCUGCAGAAGAGCGUCCAGCUCGCCAUCGAGAUCACCACCAACUCCCAGGAGGCCGCCGCACGCCAUGAGGCGGAGCGGCUUGAGCAAGAGGCACGCGGUAAACUGGAGAGGCAGAGGAUCACCGAUCAGGCCCAGGCAGAGAGAGCCAGGAAGGAGCUGCUGGAGCUGGAGGCCCUCAGUGCUGCAGUGGAGAGCACUGGCGCUGCGAAGGCGGAGGCUCAGUCCCGGGCGGAAGCGGCUCGCAUUCAUGGCGAGGCAGCCGUCAACGAGGCCAAACUGAAGGCGGAGGCUCAGACCAUCGAGGCGGAAGCGGAGCUUCAGCGACUGGCGCAUGCCCGUGAGCAGGAGCUGAGCUACAAGAAGCAAAUGGAUACUCUGGAGGUGGAUAAGCAGAAGAGUCUGGCUAACAUCGAGAGCGAGCGCUUCAGUCAGCUGGUGCAGAGUCUGGGCAGCGACACGCUCAAGGAGAUGGCCAGAGCCGGUCCGGAGCUGCAGGUGAAGAUGCUGCAGGCUCUCGGUCUGAAAUCCACCCUCAUCACCGACGGCUCGUCUCCCAUCAACCUCUUCACCACCGCCAACGGCCUGCUGGGGGCACUGCCAGGGACAGGCCAGUGAGGAGCAAGAAGAAGAACAAGGGAGCGGUGACAGAUUGUCCAAAAGUAAACCUCAACAGAUGCUCACCUUUCUGACACUUUUCUUCCGACUUUAAAGCAGUAUAACGUGCCCGUUUGAUUUAAAGAUGCACUACAUGGGUUUGAUAAAGCUUUCCAAUGUCUCCUCUAAACCUGUACCUUACUGUAAGUGUCCUCUGUAAGAAAACCAGGCGGUGCAUCUUUAAAGUCAACCUUUCUAUGCAGAGAUUUGCGCAAACUCUGGAGUUUCCCCUAGAGAUCAUAAUAAAAGUCUGCAAUGUCCAGAAUUCAAGUAACAAUUCCACUGCAAACUUCCCAUAUUCAGACACAUCACCCGUCAUUUAUCAAAACAUUUUUAUUUCUCAAAAAACAUGUCAAUAUUCAACUUUUCGAAAUUCAAAACAUUUUUGUGAUCGAGAUAUUGAUGAAAAUAAAUAUAUCAGGCUUUUAGUCAAAUGUGUGUUUAACCUUGUUUAUCGUCCAUAAAGCAAGAACAGAAAUAAACGUAAAUGAUCUGUCAAGCACUAGAAUAUUUACAUUAUAUAAUAUUAUGUGUAUUACUUUAAAGAUAACAAAACUUUGUCUGUAAAAUAUCACGGUUAUUGUCCAGAGCAAAUCAUGGCAUCAUGUCUUUUUCAAGCAGUCAUUUUACCAUCAUCCAUUAGAUUGCAGGAACCCAAAAAUCUCUCCUACCAUGACUUUACAAGCUAUUAACAAUUUAUUCCCAUGUUUUUAUAUUCGUCUUUCUACUGACAUUUAAGAUCGUCCUGUGCUGUGAUGAGUGAGUCUCAAUCUAAAUAUCCCACCGCACGACUUAAUCCGUCUCUUUCAAGGUUACUUUUGCCUUCCAUAGCUCUAGUGAAAUAAAAUCAGAGGAUCACUUUUGGACAGAAACCAGCAUGACCUCAUGUUGGGUGAAAGGUGUGCUGCGAAUGAAAAAGAAUUGUGCCUACAAGAAACUGACCGCUAAAUAUUCCUGCUCUGCACCUUAUAAAAAAAAAAGUGAAUUGCUGAAGUUUACAUACUCCAUAUAUUAAACUGAUAAAGGGUAGCCGGCUAUGAAAUAAGAAUAAGACAGUGUGACUGUCUAUGUGUUUUCUGCCUUACAAAGUGAAGUUGUUGCUACAAUAAAAUGCUGCUGCCA